UGCGGAAGGUCGUUUUCAACAGUUUUAUUACUUCGAUCAUUCAUCUCAUACUUGCAAAAUGUUUUGGUAUGGCAACUGUAAAGGAGAAAAUCAGAAUGUUUUCCCAUCUCUGGAAACAUGUCAAUGGAUUUGUGAGAGGCAUGUGGAAGAACGAAUACCUAGUCAUUGUGCUACUAAAUUCGAUGUCAAGUAUCAAGAAUCGUGUGGAAAUGGCGAAUGGCAAGAGAAAUGGUUCUUCGACCAACUGACCGGAGAAUGUAGCUCCUUCUGGUGGGACGGUUGUACUUCAAGCUCACAAAACAUUUUCCCGGAUCAGCAGUCAUGUAAGAGACAUUGCGUCCAUCCAGGCUAUGCUGUCGAGUCUCGUCUACCUGAUCCACAGACGAAGUUCCGUUGUCUUGAACCCAUUGAGGUUGGAAAUUGUCGAGAAACAUACCCUGCUUUCUAUUAUGACAAAUCAUCCAAAGUCUGUCGACCAUUUGCAUAUUCUGGAUGUGAUGGUAAUGGAAACCGUUUCAUGACUCUUAGCCAGUGUGAAGGGUUAUGCUAUGAGUUCAAUGAAUUAGAAGAGCCAGAAAUGGACUGCUAUCAACCCUUACAUAUCGGCUAUGGUAAAAACGAUGAUCAUUGUUUGGCACAAGCUAGUUAUAGAUUCUACUUUGAUCGUGAAUACGGAAAGUGUUCGCAGUUUUGGUAUCUUGGUUGUGGCGGAAAUGCCAACAACUUCCAUUCGUUUGAAGUAUGUCAAAGAACGUGUCAGAUAGAGAAACGUCGUGACGUUGGAAGAAAACCGAGAGUGAACAGUCAUGUUUGUUCUCAGCAAGGAGCUUCUUCGGGGAAAUGCUCGAGCGAUUUCAAACGCCCCGUGCAAAGAUGGUCUUAUCAUAAUAAAAAGUGUGUUUCAUUCACUUAUAGUGGAUGUGGAGGAAAUGACAACAGAUUUGCAACUGAAUGGGAAUGCAACGGAGUUUGUGAAGGAAUCAAGACCAGUAAUGAUCCUGCUGUAUGCUCUCAUCCUCCUGACUGGGGAAGAUGCAACCAAUUGAGGUACAUGUGGUUCUACAAUGAAACCAGAGGAGCUUGUGAUCAAUUUCUAUAUGGAGGAUGUGGUGGGAAUACUAACCGUUUUGAGAGUUUUGAAGUUUGUCAGAAAGCUUGUGAAGUGUCAGGCUUGGAUCCAUGUCUUGAAUCUCUGGAUCGGGGUAACUGGUGUGAAGCUAUGUCUAACAGAUAUUAUUUCAAUAAACGAUCAAAGGCAUGUAGAGGCUUUCAUUACACGGGUUGCGGAAAGUCCGCGAACAACUUCAUGACCUUGCAUGAGUGCAAGUCGAAGUGUGAAGCUCGUCAUGGUAAAUCCAAAAGAGAAGAUCGUCGAAAUUUACUCGAUUGGUGGAAAACUGAUAGUUCUGAAAACUAUCGACAAACAAGACAGAAGUCGAGUAAGAAGAAACAACAGACAGGCUAUUCGGGAACGAAGCCAGUGGAAAAGACUCCAAUUCAAAACUAUGUUGUUCUUCAAAAGUCCAACACAAGCUACUUCAAAUCAGAACCUUUGUGGUAUGACUAUUCUCUUUGUAUUGGCUUCAGAUAUAACAUAUCCGGAAGAGAUACUUCAUUGAAUGUUCAUCUCUGCUCACUUGACGGUCACGGAGACUGUUAUACUCAGACUCUGUCUGCUACAGACGGAGAAGAGUUCUGUGAAGUUACUCGUCCCUUUCUCAGAGGAAUUCAUCUCUAUUCCUGGUAUUUCGGAUUAGAUGAGAAACGAAAA